AUGGGAAACGGUUGCAGACGCCCUGCCGCCGUAGUUGCGACUGGCUCUGAUGCCCGGGCACCCACGCACCGGUUCGAGUUUGAGAUCAAUGGGCAGAAGUAUUCCCUCGAGACGGUGAUAAGCGACGUUGAGAUCGAGACAGAACCGCCCUGCCAACUCUUCGGGGUGAUCCCGCAUGCUGUAGAUGUCCCGCUGAAAGAGGGAGAUGAAGUUCUGAACUUUACUAUCUGCCUGCUGGGUCUUGAAGGUGGUCGGAAAGUCAUUCCACGGCUCUCUGCCAAGGACUUUGUGGGAAAGCUUGAUACCAGAUCGGCUGAUGGCGAGGGCCAUGAGGUGUGGGCGGACUGGGAAAAGACCGGCAGAAGCAGCAUCCGUAUUGCUGGCUUCGAUAUCAAUGCUUGUGAGGUGCCGGGUAGCGGCUACGACCAUGAGACUGUGAUAAGUGACGUUGAGAUCGAGACAGAACCGCCCUGCCAACUCUUCGGGGUGAUCCCGCAUGCUGUAGAUGUCCCGCUGAAAGAGGGAGAUGAAGUUCUGAACUUUACCAUCUGCCUGCUGGGUCUUGAAGGCGGUCGGAAAGUCAUUCCACGGCUCUCUGCCAAGGACUUUCUGGGAAAGCUUGAUACCUCCUACGCCGGAAGCACAUCGGCAGAUGGCGAGGUCCGUGAGGUGUGGGCGGACUGGGAAAAGACCGGCAGAAGCAGCAUCCGUAUUGCUGGCUUCGAUAUCAAUGCUUGUGAGGUGCCGGGUAGCGGCUAUGACCGUGAGGACGAAACUUGA